AUGCAUUUAGAUGACAUCAUUCUGUGCACUGAUUCAACGAUAGCACUGUCAUGGUUGAAGACUUCUCUUCAUCUUUUGAAGACCUUUGUUGCAAAUAGAGUCUCCAAAAUCCAAAGACUAGUAGAGCCGCGACACUGGAAGCAUGUACCAUCAGCAAAUAAUCCGGCAGAUCUGAUUUCUUGUGGUGCUUAUCCUCAUGAACUUGUGACAUCUUCCUUGUGGUGGAAUGGUCCUGAACAGAACGAAUUUAGUGAUGCUUCUUUAUUUGAACUUGACAAGACUCUCAUAGAUUCUCCUGCUUAUCAGGAUGAACUUAAAAAACUUUUAGACGUUUCUGUCCAAUCUGAAAAGUCAAAUGAAGAAAACAGGCCUCAUUAG